ACCGACCCAAUGUGCUUUUAAGUGUUGCGCUCCCACAACUUGCUCUACUCACACGCUCUCUCCUCCGCUUUUAUCAGCUCAAGACAAUUACUUACAGACAAAAUUCUCACUCUCAACUUCAUAAACUCCGAUUCCGAGUUCCGAAGUCAUCUCCCAGGCUCAUCUCAGCCAUUGGAUCAGCGCAGCUAAAGCUUUAAGCUCAAACCCACAACUACAACAACCACUUAACCCAAAAUCGCUUCUUUGGAGCUGGGUUGUUGGAGCCUUCUCUUUGUUCCGUUCCCAGAUCUAAACAACUAGCAUUUGCUCCUUCUACUCACCCAUUAAAGCACUCUUUGGAGCUUUCUCUUUGGCGCUUUAGACUUUAACCCCUCCGCUUUAUCUCUCAGUUCCCCUCGUAAACUCUAGAAAUUACCAAAAAUGGGUUAUCUCUGGUUUUCCCUUUCGAUUUUCCUCUGCCUUAGCUACUUCUCAGUGGCGGAAGUGGUAACUUGCUCUGGGAUAGUGCCCAUGAGCUACCGAAACGACAAGAUAUCGAUAACGGAUUUCGGAGGCGUCGGCGACGGCGUUACAUUGAACACCAAGGCGUUUCAGGAAGCGAUAUAUCGGAUUGAGCAUUUGAAGAGGAGAGGAGGCACGCUUCUUUACAUACCUCCUGGGGUCUACGUAACAGAGAGCUUCAAUCUCACAAGCCAUAUGACUCUUUAUUUGGCCAAAGGUGCUGUUAUCAAAGCCACCCAGGAUACUAGGACUUGGCCGCUGAUUGCUCCUUUGCCAUCUUAUGGAAGAGGGAGGGAGCUUCCUGGAGGAAGGUAUAUGAGCUUUAUUCAUGGAGAUGGAAUCCAUGAUGUGGUUAUCACUGGUGAGAAUGGGACAAUCGAUGGCCAAGGGGAUGUAUGGUGGAACAUGUGGAGGCAAAGAACUCUUCAGUUUACUAGACCAAAUCUUAUCGAAUUCAUGAACUCGAAAAACAUUAUCAUUUCCAAUGUGAUUUUCCAGAACUCUCCCUUUUGGAACAUUCACCCUGUUUAUUGCAGCAACGUUGUUGUCCGGUAUGUCACAAUUUUGGCUCCAUAUGACUCUCCCAACACUGAUGGAGUUGAUCCAGAUUCAAGCUCUAAUGUCUGCAUAGAGGACUCAUACAUAUCUACUGGAGAUGAUCUUGUGGCUGUAAAGAGCGGAUGGGAUGAGUACGGGAUCGCUUAUGGCCGCCCUAGUUCGGGCAUUACCAUCCGCCGGGUUAGAGGAUCAUCCCCAUUUGCUGGAAUUGCGAUCGGAAGUGAAACCUCUGGUGGGGUGGAGAAUGUCUUGGCUGAACACAUAAACCUUUACAACAUGGGAGUUGGCAUCCACAUCAAAACAAACAUCGGCCGGGGAGGGUUCAUAAGAAACAUCACAGUUUCAGACGUGUACAUGGAAAAAGUCCGAAGGGGAAUAAAGAUUGCAGGAGAUGUUGGAGACCACCCAGAUGACAAAUACAACCAAAAUGCUCUCCCAGUCGUGAAGGGCAUCACAUUGAAGGACAUUUGGGGCUUGCAGGUUCAGCAGGCCGGCGUAAUACUAGGUCUGAAGAACGCCCCUUUCACCGGAAUCUGUCUCUCCAACAUCAAUCUACACGGCAUGACGGGAUCAAGAUCGCCACCCUGGAAGUGCUCGGACAUUAGCGGGGCCGCCCAUCUGGUUAGCCCUUUACAAUGCUCAGAGCUGAGCAGUGCCCAGCAAGCAUCUACAUGCCCCAACUACUCUUAAAAAUUUCUAUUUAUGUAACUCUUCCUCUCUGCUCCUCUAAGCUACAAGAAUUCAGCUCUGUAUUUUCUGUUCUUUUUCAU